AGUACCCUCCCGGUGUUGUUCCUGAACCAUAACGCCGUGUUUGUGUUUCUUCUCCCAGCCGUCAAACUUCUUCCCGACGUCUUUUUGUAUCAGAUAUGUGAUAAACCACCACAAGACAACACCAUGGACUUACCACUCGUAUUUUAAAGGAGAUAUAUUAUGUUUUUAACGACUUAUACUAUGUUUUUACCGACUCUGUGACUCCCUACAUAAACGUUACAAUGCUUUGGAUGUCAGUUGAGUGUUAGCUAACGAGACUAGCCACCUAGCCUUAACCGGUAAACACCGUGGAUAUUAAUGGAGGAAGGCAAAGAAAACCGCGACGAGGUCCAGACGGUUUGUGCCAGUGUUCCUCCCGGUGUACCGAACACCGAGCUGAAGAAGCUGUUGUCUUUUAAAGUGUACAAGAGGAGGUGGUUUGUUCUGCUGCUGCUGUGUCUGUUGAACUGCUCCAACGCAACGUUAUGGCUGAGCUUUGCCCCGGUAGCGGACCAGUCUGCCCAGUUCUUGCAGGUGGGUCUGGAGCAGGUCAACUGGCUGUCGGUGGUCUUCAUGCUGGUGGCCAUCCCGCUCAGCUUGGCCACCACCUGGAUGCUGGACGUCGUCGGGCUGCGGAUCACGCUGAUCCUGGGAGCGUGGCUCAACAUGUUCGGGGCGCUGCUGCGUUUCCUCGGGGCGGAGAUCAUCAAUAUCCAUGCAGCCCGGUUCCCCUUAGUGAUGGUCGGUCAGACGCUCGGCGCCCUCGCUCAACCGCUCAUCAUCUUCACCCCCACAAAGAUGGCCGCCCUCUGGUUCCCCGACAACCAGCGCGCCAUCGCCAACACCAUCGCCUCCAUGUCUAAUCCUCUGGGCAUCCUGCUGGCCAGCAUCCUCUCCCCCAUGAUAGCUCAAACAUCCGGACACAUCCGCGACCUGAUGCUGGCCUAUGCAGUCCCGGCGUGCAUCAUCUGCUUCCUAGCAACAGUGGGGCUACGGAGCAGCUCCCCCCCCACGCCGCCGUCAGCCAGCGCCGAGUCGGCCUGCUCCGAGCCGUUCAUCCAGGGCAUCAAACUGUUACUGAAGAACCGGGCGUACCUGGUGCUGAUGCUGUGCUUCGGGUCGGGCAUCGCCGCCUUCACCUGCUUCUCCACGCUGCUGGAGCAGAUCCUGUGUGUGCAGGGAUACACCAACGAGUUUGCCGGUGUGUGUGGAGCGCUGUUCAUCGUGUUCGGGAUCGUGGGCGCCGGCGCUCUCGGUCUCAUCGUGGAUAAAACCAAGAAGUUCAUCGAAGCCACCAAGAUCAACCUGAGCCUCAGCGCGCUCGCCUGCAUCGCCUUCUCCGUGGUGUCUCUGAUGCCGCAGCAGAAAGUCGCCGUGGCCGCCGUCUGCUCGCUCUUCGGCUUUUUCGGGUUCUCCAUCUACCCCGUCGCCAUGGAGCUCGCUGUGGAGUGCUCCUAUCCCGUCGGAGAGGCGACGUCGUCAGGACUCAUCUUCGUAUCGGGACAGGUUCAGUCCUUCCUCUACAUGGUCGUCCUGCAGGCUCUGACCAAACGCAUGGCUGACUCUCCUCUGUCCACCUGUGGGGACGCAGUGCUCAGCUGGAAGGUGCCGAUGAUGGUGCUGGGGGGGGUGUUCAGCUUCUUCUCCUGCGUCUUCGUCCUCUUCUUCCACACGCGGUACCUGCGGCUGGAGGCCGAGGAGCAGGCGACCUACGGGGCCAAACCCAUACACUGCCCGACCCCCGAGAGCGGGAGUGAGAGAGAGGGCAAGGAAACCGCAGAGUAAAGACCACCGACUGACAGACAGAGAGGAUUCUGGGAGUCACACCUGGUACCAAACAGAGAGAUCUUUUUAAGUUUUCACUUUUCCUUCUGAUGCCAACUUAUGUUUGUUGAGCUACCAAAACAGACCUAAUCUUCAGAAUAUUAUAAACCGAUUUUUGAUAUAUUUUAGGCUUUUUUUUACAGAAAGAUGUCAUUUAUAGGGAGGAAAUCUUUGUAAACUAUUGAGAUAGAGUUCUCUGAAUGAAGGUAGAUCAGCAUGUGUAAGACAGUUUUGUGUCUUAAACAAGGUUAUUGAAACGUUUUCCUUCUAGAAAUACGAGAGAAACCAAAUACAUAAUGCGGUUUGAUUCAGAACUUGCGUUGAAGCGCAUUUUAACCUGCAGACUCUUUAAAGACAUUCCCUCAGUGCCACAGACUUCCCUUCAGGGUUUUUCUUCCAUGGGAGACAGAGGAGGUCUCGUAGCUGCAUCACAUGAUCCUUAUCCGUGUUCUGCCGCGGUGCAGAAACACGGUCUGACUCUCAGGGACUGAUGUUUACUGCGGAGGAUCUGGACCACUGGAACAUUCUGUGCCAUCAGACUCCCCCUGGAGCUGCUGGAAACACCUCCAUGUCCCAUCCCUUCACCGUGUUCCACCCCGUACUGUAACCACUGGAGAUGCCACUGUUCAGCAUCAGUCAGAACAAACCUCAUGCUUAUACUUUACAUGAGCUGUGUUCUCUGAAAAAAAGACCCAACUCCAAACCGACCGCUACACCCUCAUGGGGUCAUCGCUGCAGUGUUGUUAUGGCAAUGAAAAUCUCAGGUCCUCAAAGCUGCACAUUAUAAAAGGACAUAAGAAAAAUAAUAACACAUAGAGUACAAUAGUGCAGGUAUUUUGUUAGACCAGUCUAUAAGUACUGCCCUACCCCCUUCCACUACGUUUAGUGUCGGUCUGAACUAACAAGUGUGCAGUAGGAGUUACCAAGCCUUCAAAAAGUGAGUCUGCGUCGCUUCAGACUCCACCUGCAGCUCUGCCGGACCGCUGAGUCCGUCAUAAAACAGUCCCAUGCAAACAUUUACUGGUAAACAAAAUUAAGAUAGACAUUUACUAUCAUCAUACAGACGUAGUGCUGCAUCACAAACAUCAGAUGUAAAAACAAAAACACCACCAAAGAGUUUUAUUACAAUUAAUAUUUGUCCUUUUUUUGAGUCUGAGUUAUGUCAGUUCCCUUUCUGCCGGGCUCGACGGUCGAUUUGGAAUUGGGCCGAUAUUUCUGGAACUCAGGCGUAGAGCCAGGAUCUGUUUCCUCUCUAGACGUAGACGCAGAUAAACCAAGCAGAAUAAUACUGAUGUGCCACUAAACGUAUCCUGUGUUAAAUGAAGUGCCACUCAUACUGUGCUGUGGUUAAACGACCCCUAACAGCGGCUUUUAAUAAACGGUCAGACUUGAAUUUGUAAAGUGGUUUCAGUUUAAGAACAGGUUGAAGCCUUAAAGAUGGGAAUGGUUUGGGGUUUUGUGCAAUAAGUUAUAAAUGCAGUGCUGAUUGUGUAGCUGGGGAUAAGAACGACUACUUUACUGACGGUUCAGUUUCUUCUUCUUCUGUGUUUUAAAGCACGUGAAAUCAUGAGGACUUGAAGGAUGUAGACUGGAGAUUGUACCUUUUAAUAAAAUCACGUGUUACUGAA